AUGGCUACAUCCACGACAGCUGCACCGAAUCAGAGACUCAAGACCUGCCAGCAAUGUAGGCUAAGAAAGGUCCGCUGCGAUGGACGCCGAAGCAUUUGCGGCAACUGCGACCGACUUCAGUUUGCCUGCUCUUUCCAAGACCUGGGCUCAUCAUCGCUUAUACUAGAAAGGCCGGAACGACUUCGAGCUCGACAAGCAUGUUCUCGUUGUCAUUCUUUGAAAGUUCGUUGUAGUGGGCACCUUCCUGCAUGUCUCCGUUGUCAAAAACGAGGAAGGCCGUGCGUGUAUACCUCUAGUCCACCGAGGACUGGGAAUACAGACGAGAGAAACGGUCCUAAGGACGUACCACAGCGGUCCUCGGAGCAAGAGGCGCGAACACCUGCUGAGCCCCCAACAAAUAUUAUGUGUGUGGAUCUUAUAUGCUCACCUUCUAAACCUAAUCUCACUGACGGAUUCAGUACGGAUGCCUUCAAAAGUCCAGACGAUGUACAAAUUCAAGUAGCUCUGGACACUUUCUUUAUGCGCAUAUAUCCCCUUCCGGGGUAUGCCAUUCUGCAUCGCGCCUCGCUGUAUGACCGGUUUCACCGAGGACAGAUUGACCAGUGCCUUCUUCUCUCCAUCAUUGCUAUUUCGACUUGUUUAACGGAGAUAGACUCCUCAAAGCGUGAGUACGCGGUCCAAUGCCUGACAAAGGCAGAGCAGUUGAUCAUUAAUAACCUCUCACAACCGUCCAUCAUCCGGACUCAGGCUUUACUUUUGAUAGUAAGGUGCAAAAUGUGCCUUGGGGAGUAUUCCUCUGCAUUUCCACUUGUAUCGCUACUUUCUCGAUUCGCCUUUAGUUUACGAUUGAAUUACGAAAACCAGAGAGUUUGCUUUCUGGCCCGGGAAGCUCGUCGCCGUCUUAUGUGGGCCAUCUAUAUGCUUGACCAAAACUGGGCUGCGGGUCUACUAGAAUUCACCACCUGUCCAGUAGAUGCUAUCUAUGUUGGCCUUCCGUGCCCCGAAGAGACAUGGGAGUUGGAUGUUUGCCCGGAGACGGAAGUGCCGCUCAAGUCACAAACUAAGCUUCCUGGAUUACUAGCAGCAAACGUUUGCGUGUCCUAUUUAAGGGACAAGGUUUUGCGUCAUGUAAAGCGAUUUGCCGCGGGGAAUUGCAGUGCUAUCGAGAUAAUGUAUGGGAUACGAGAACUGGAAACCGAGUUAGAGCAUUUCUAUCUCCGAUUGCCCCCGUCCAGUGCCUAUUCAGAGAGGAAUCUAAGACUUCGUGCUCAUUCACCCUGGCUGCCUCGGUUUAUCGUCCUACAUGUCCUGUGGCACCAGUGCUACUGUGAUUUGUAUCGUUGUAUAACUAGGGGGCUAAUUGAAUCUGUCCCGGCAGUCACCUUGAACGAAUUUGAUAAUGCCUUUGUUCUCAGAUGUCGGGAACAGUGCACACACCAUGCAGUACAGAUUGCUGGGAUUCUUACCUCGCUCAUCGAUCUCAGACUGGAGUUUCCAGUCCUUUCACUGGACAUGGCUGUUUGUGCGUACCAGUGCAUACGUCUCCUCGUCCAUGGACAGAGGACAUAUGGGCAUAAGAUACUGGUAUCGCGCGAGAGGGUCAAGCAGUAUCAACGGUCAUGUUUGCAAGUUAUACAGACUGUAGCUCGGACUUCCCCUUCAGUUCAGACAAUUGUAAGUCAGUCGCUGGGAGACAGGCGACAGAACCGCCCUAGGCCCACCCAGCAGCAAGGCCCUCGUCAGAUCCUAUCAAUCCAUAGCUUGAUUGCUAGAUCUGAAUUCGUUGAUGACAGCGAGGAACUAGCACUUCAGGAUGUACAUGCCAGCGACAACCCCUCUGCUUAUGAGAAGCAGAACCAUGAAUAUAGCGGACCACUAAGCAUGUUGGGGCUGCCCUCUCCGUUACCCAGUUUUGACCCUGUAGAGCAUAUGACGCUGGGCUCAACUGUGGCAAGCCAAAUGUGGCUACAGGGUGGCAAUGCAUUUGAGGGAGCAUGGGAUGAACCCGGACUAGGGUUUGAUUUGAUUCGACAGAUGCAAUGGGAUGGUAUGGGGCACUUUGGUUGA